AUGGCCAUGACAUCAGGGUCGGAAUUGAUUCUCAAUGCCGUAGCCGUAUUGAAGGAGAUUUCUUCAAAGGGCGAAGCGAAAGAUGCCGCAUUGUCAGAGGAAACAGAAGAGACUGCUCCUCCGUCGGCGGGCUUGUCAGAGAGUAAAGCAAGGGCGGAUGCAUCCUCAGAGGACACGAACAAUAUCGCACACCUACCGAUGAGUUCUAUGGCUGGUCAAGUGAAGGAACCAGGGAUUAAAGAUGAUCUCGUUUGCCCAUUGCCGAACUCGUCGAAGGGAAAACAAAGAGAUGUGUCGGGCGCGAGCAACCUGCUCAAUGGCUCGGCGCUGUCCUCAACUGGUUCGUUGGAAGGGAAAGAGAAGGAAUCGUCAAUGGAGGACAAUCCGCUCAACCGUGCAGUUCGAUCGUCGGAAAGUUCGUCUACAGGCGAAGAGCGUGCGCCGUCAUCGCUGAGCGAUUACUACGAUGAUAUGGCAGAUCGCAUUCCGAGCUAUUUGAAGGGCAAAGGGAGGGCGUUACCGACAGAGGAUAACACGAUGGUCCCUGUGCCUCGAUCGCCGAUACCUCCAGAAGGCAAGAAGACGCCUGCAUUGAAUCGUGGGCUUGGCUAUCCGGGUCAGUCUGUGAUGAACUCUUCGAAGGACAAAGUAAGGGCGGUACCGACGGAGGGUAGCUCGCUUGACCUUGUGGUCCGGCCGUCUAGCAGCCCGUCUCAGACCUCGGGGAGAGCAUUGCCAUCGGCGAGCAACUCGUCUGGUAACCUGGGCCAGUCCGUGUCGAGUUCAUUGAAGGCCAAAGCAGUUUUCCUGCCAGCACAGCCCCUGGCGUUUACUCUGCCUGUUGCUCCGAUCGUGCCAUUUGUUGACCCUCCGAAAGGCACACGAAAUGCUUUGAUGACGCAGAUAGGCGCGGAAACCUUAUCUGCAAGUAGCAGAGGGACACUACCGACGGUGCCACGGUCUGAUACACCUGGAUUAAAGGGACUCAAGGAAACGCUACGGGCAUUGAUGGCUUCGCAGCAGACGCCAUCGCUUCCACGAGGUACUUCAGCUGUUUUGUCUGCUCAGGUGCAGAGAGAUGGAGGAACUGUGCCUCCGCAACGUUAUACAGCUCUCUCACCAUCGCCUAAACCUCCAGACCCACCUGCAUUGUCCUCAAUUCCAACGGCGGCUUCGCCUAUUAUCGCGAGACCCUUGAAUUUGUCAAUGUCCCCUCCGCCUUCACAGUCGCAUCCCUUAAUCAACAGCGCUGCCGUGCUACCGGCCUCGUUAGUCAAACAAGCAAAAGCAACUGCGCCGUCUGCGGCCUCACCUCCGUCGUCUACGCCCCCUGCGACGCUGCCGUCAUUGCUCGCUAGACCGUCCCCUGCAUCACUCGCGGCUGUCUCACCGGUCCAAGCACCAGAGCCACCUGUAUCAAUACCUUUCAAAGCAGUGGCACCAGCUGUGGAACUAUCCCAACCAGAGCCUGUGCCAUUGAAUCCCCUCCCGCCGUAUUCGCCGGGAGCGACCACAUCGUCUACUUACCCCACUGCAGCGCUUCCCUCUUCUGUCCAGCCACCCCCUGCAGUGUCUCUAGGACAAUCAACAUCCCCCGAUCCAUCUACCAAGGCGCCAGCACACUCCGGAAGUAUUCUCCGACCGUCUUUAUUGUUUUCCAGGACAUCUGAGCCGCUUGUGUCCUCGUCUCAGCACGAACCAAAACAAUCUGAAUCUCCAACGAGUACAUCAGAGUGCCUUGCUUCGUCUGCAAGCCCAUCGGUAGUUCCCGUAUUGACGGCGAGGCAAUCUCAGCCAGUCGUGCCUUCGCCUAAUCUGUCUGCAAUCAACCCAGCGAACGAAGCUGAUGUGCCUUCUCCGAGCUUUCACGAAUCCUUGAGUAGUCUACAGCCUCCGAUGCUACUCAGACACCCGCUUGUGCCGAGUUAUUCGUCUUUAGCUUUCGAAGAACGCGCUCAGCACGAAAUGCGGGUCCGAAUGCGGCCUGCGUACUGGCAACUGCAGGACAGAACCUCGGCUGAGGGAGCCACAAGAACGUCGACGCCACGUGUGCAUCAGAUCUAUACGUAUACGGAAGUCAAUCCCGUCUUCCAAGCGCGGAUUCGGGUGGAUAAUGACGGCUGGCCGCAUAGGGAAUUUUCUGAAUCUUCCGGACAUAACGAGGACGGAGAAGGGGACGGAGAAGAUGACAAUGACGACUACGUGGAGGGUGACGAAGAUAAAGAGGAUAGAGACGAAGAUCAUGAGGAUGGCGAAUACGCUGAGGAGGACGACGAUGAGGAUGAGGAAGAAAUAGAGGUUGAAAGCACUCUUUACAGCACAGACUCGCUCACGGACUUGGGCGUUCUCGAACACGGACUAGAAUAUCUGGUGGACAACCUCGACCUGGUCACCAUUGAACGGACCUCAACCGUCUCCGCCGUCGCGAGCACCAUCGGCUACGUACUAGGUGCUACCGUGCGCACGGUUGUUCACGGCGUCAGAACCAUGGCGGGCUGGUGGGCCGGCUAA